AAAAUGCUCAAUUUUACACUUUUCUUCUUUGUCCUGGGGCUUUCCUUCAUCUUCUGCAGUUUGGCUGGUCCUAGGUGCUUAGUGAGAAAAAAAGACAUGGGAUCCUGGGCUAAUGAUAAAGAUAUUGAUUGUUUUUUUUAUAUUUACACAAAGCAUGGUCACAUGAAGAAUGAAGAUUUCAAUAGAACUCUAGAUAAGAAAAUGACAACCAAGAAUAUCCACUUGAUUUUGUGUCUUUAUUUUGCCCUUGAAGAUAUCAACAAGAACCCACAUAUUCUGCCCAACAUUUCUCUACUAGUAAAAGUCGAAUGCAGCCUAAUGGAUGAUUGGAGAAAGAAUAGUCUAUCCACAAAAAUAGGUGAAUUUCUUCCUAAUUAUUACUGUCUAAAUCAGAGAAGAUAUUUAAUCGUUCUUACAGGACCAAUCUGGCUAUCAUCUGUUAUGCUUGGACCACUUCUGUACAUCAUCAACAGACCAGAGCUUUACUAUGGACCAUUCCAUCCUCUCCUGAGCAGCCAUGAACAGUUUCCAAAUCUAUACCAGAUGGCUCCUAAGGGCACGUCUCUGGCUUUGGCUAUGGUGUCCUUCGUGGUCCAUUUCAGCUGGAACUGGGUGGGAGUGAUCAUUUCAGAUGAUGACCUAGGACUUGAAUUUCUCCUGGAAUUGAGAAAAGAGGUGCGAAGAAUCAGUGUGUGCUUAGCCUUUGUGCAUAUUAUCGUGGAGGACAAAAUAUUAUUCCAAAAAAAUGCAAACAUCUAUUAUAAUGAGAUCACAAUGUCAUCAGCAAAGGUUGUUAUCAUUCAUGGAGACAAAGACUCUCAUCUACAACUCAACCUUAGACUCUACAAAUUAGCAAACCUUCAGAGAAUCUGGGUCACUACCUUACAGUGGGACUUGAUCACACAUAAUGACAGAUUUCUUCUUAAUUCCUUUUACGGGACCUUUACAUUUUUAAAUCACCAUUCUGAAUUAUCUGGUUUUAAAACAUUUAUCAAUAAAGCAAUCCCUUCCAAGUACACAAAUUGUAUUUCCCUUUCAACAUUAUCUUGGAUAUAUUUUAAUUGUUCCUUGUCAUCUUUGCAUUGUGAGAAUAUGAAGAAUUGUUCAACAGAAACCCUAUUUCACUGGUUAUUCCAACACAGUUUUGAAAUAUCAGUGGGUAGCACAGGUUAUGUUCUUUACAAUACUGUGCAUGCUGUGGCACAUGCACUACAUAAGAUGUUGUUGCAAGAAGUAAAUAUAUGGCCAAAAAAUUCAGGGAAAAUCAUGGAAUUUGAUCCUUGGAAGAUGGUCCAUUUCCUGAAGAACAUACAAUUUAUAAACCCUGUGGGAGACGAAGUAAACAUGAAUCAGAAAGAAAACCAGGAUGUGGAAUAUGACAUUGGCUACAUCAUGGAGUUUUUGCCACAUAUUGGAUUCAUGCUGAAAAUAGGCAAAUUUUCCAAACAUUUGCCACGUGGUCAACAAUUGUAUGUUUCUGAAGAGAUGAUAGAAUGGAAUAUAAACCUCAGGCAGAUUUCACCAUCCAUAUGCAGUAUGCCAUGCACUCCAGGAUUCAGAAAAUCCCCUCAGUCAGGGAAAGCAGUCUGCUGUUUUGAUUGUACCCCUUGCCCAGAGAAUGAAAUUUCCAACAUGACAGACAUGAAUCACUGUGUGAAAUGCUCAGAUGAUCAAUAUGCCAACCUUGGAAGAAAUCACUGUCUCAGAAAAGUUGUGACAUUCCUGAGUUACGAAGACCCUUUGGGAAUGUCUCUAGCCUGUUUGGCUUUAUUUUUCUCUGUUCUCACAGCUAUUGUACUUGGUGUCUUUCUGAAGCACAAGGACACUCCCACAGUCAAGGCCAAUAACCGGGCUCUCAGCUAUGUUCUACUUAUCUCCCUCAUUUGUUCCUUUCUUUGUUCUUUGCUCUUCAUUGGCCAUCCCAAUAUAAUCACAUGCAUUUUGCAGCAGACCAUAUUUGCAGUAGUAUUCACUGUAGCUGCUUCUACUGUCUUGGCCAAAACAGUUACAGUAGUACUGGCCUUCAAGAUUACUACUCCGGGUAGAAGGAUGAGGAAGCUUCUGGUGUCAGGGGCACCUAACUUCAUCAUUCCAAUUUGCACCAUGAUUCAACUGAUACUAUGUGGGAUCUGGCUUGGAAUUUCUCCUCCAUUUGUUGAGGCUGAUAUGUAUAUUGAAAAAGGAUACAUUUUGAUUAUCUGUAACAAAGGUUCAAUUAUUAUAUUCUAUUGUGUUCUGGGAUACUUGGGCUUCAUUGCCAUGGGAAGUUUCACUGUAGCUUUUCUUGCCAGAAAUCUACCUGACACAUUCAAUGAAGCUAAAUUCCUCACAUUCAGCAUGUUUGUGUUCUGUAGUGUUUGGAUUACAUUCCUCCCUGUCUACCAUAGCACCAAGGGGAAGGCAAUGGUGGCUGUGGAGGUUUUCUGUAUCUUGGCCUCCAGUGCAGGCCUGCUUUUUUGCAUUUUUGUUCCAAAGUGCUUCAUUAUUUUGUUAAGACCCAAGAAGAAUUCCUUUGAACAGUUCAGAAAUAUGCAUUUUAAAAUUGAAAGUACUCAUUGA